AUGCUUAUCUCGAGUCCUAUAAGUCUUGCACAUCUUUCCGCGCAGCUAUUUGAUUUGAUGCUAUUCCCUCUCAAGCGGGGUAUUCUAUCAUUUGAAGACAAGGCUCUUAAACACUCGCCUUCAAGAUUCCCAACAAGACCGCCCGCUGUCAAUCCCAUCGCUGUGCAGCUGAACCAUCCCGCCAUUUUUAGAGUUCUCGCAGCAGCCAUUUUGGCUGUUCCAACAGCCCUGUCCCUUCCUGGAUUAUUCGAUAAAUCUCAACAGCUAACAUCCAAGUUUACUUGCGAUCAACUCUCUAAAAAUUCAUGUCUCUACACCUUCUAUGCCAAUCAGAAAUCUGCGAUCACCACAAUGGUAGAUAGUAAUUGUACCGACUAUGGUCAAGACCAUGUUAUUUUCAAUAGGACUGAAGGGGUUUUUGGCAUGGACGGUGGACCAAAAGCUCUAAAAGAUCAUGUCUGGGUGUUGUCAAAUUUUACCCGGUUGAAUGCACCAGAAGCAGUGGUUGGCUUUACAUCACCGCUACUACCUGAACUUCAGUGGUUGGACAAAAGUUACAGUGUCUUAAGACUCUUGAACGCAAACAUUGUUAAGCCUCCAAUUGUUUCCUUGGGUCUAGAUCCGAGGGCUUAA